UUCUCCGCACGAUACGUGGAAAGCGUGAGUGACCGCCUGCUUUUGCCUCUCUGACCGAUUACAGUUCAACAUGUCAACUUACUCCUGAGUUGUAGCCUCGCGUAUUUUUAAUACACACCAAGAGGAGCGAUAAAUUCUCAGAAUUCACAGAACCCGAGUGCAGCUAUACAUAAUUAGAUCCGAGAGCGCACGAGCGGAGCGCUAAUAGAUCCGAUAAAUUAAUCGUGAAUUUCCCGUUCUUCGAAGAACAUCGUGGAACGGAGUGCAUCAUGAGCGCACCCCAGGCACCAGUGAAAUUGAGAAAUGGAGUGGUGAAACAGGUAACAUCUGGAGAUACUGUUGUUAUUCGUGGACAGCCUAUGGGAGGUCCUCCACCUGAAGUAACAAUUACUUUGUGUAACAUUACUGCUCCAAAAUUAGAACGUUGGAAAGGAAAUGAUAGCACGGAUGAGACCAAAGAUGAACCGUAUGCUUGGGAAGCAAGAGAAUUUUUACGUCGGAAGUUGAUUGGUCAAGAUGUCACUUUUGCCACUGAAAAGUCGGUCAAUUCACCUAGAACAUAUGGAACAGUCUGGUUAGGAAAAGAUAGGAAUGGUGAAAAUGUGAUUGAAACUUUGGUGUCUGAGGGUCUGGUGACUGUUAAAAAGGAUAAUCGCAAUCCUACAGCUGAUCAGCAGCGAUUGGUUGAAUUGGAGAAUAUUGCGAAAGCUGCAAAGAAAGGAAAAUGGUCAGAUUCGCCGACCUCCGAGCACAUACGCGAUAUCAAAUGGACCGUCGAUGAUCCCCGAAAAUUGGUUGAGAAAUUCGGCAAGAAACCUGUCAAAGCAGUGAUCGAAUUUGUAUUUGAUGGCUCCACUGUUAAAGCAUUCCUCUUGCCCGAUUUCUACAAUAUAACACUGAUGAUCUCGGGUGUUCGUUGCCCUGGCUGGCCCAAUGGGCGUCGUGAAAAUUCCGUCGGCGAUCCUUAUGCGGACGAAGCCAGAUUCUUUGUGGAAUCGCGACUCUUACACAGGGAUGUUGAAAUAGUGCUGGAAUCGGUCAACAAUAACAACUUUAUCGGCAGCAUUAUUCAUCCUAAAGGAAAUAUUGCUGAAAUCCUGUUGAGUGAGGGUUUCGCCAAAUGUCAGGAUUGGUCAAUUAGCAAUAGUAGAGCUGGCGCGGAGAAAUUGUAUCUCGCCGAAAAGGCCGCAAAGGAGGCGCGUUUGCGUCUUUGGAAAGACUAUAAACCAUCCGGUCCACAGAUUGAGUUUACCGGCACCAUUGUGGAAAUCAUUAACGCGGACGCACUUAUUAUUCGAACGCAGAAUGGAGAGAACAAGAAAGUAUUUCUGAGCAGUAUUCGACCACCUACUCGUGAGAAGAAAAACAUUGAAGAUGGCAAUAAUACUGCUCGAUCAAAAGAUUUUAGACCUCUUUACGACAUACCAUGGAUGUUGGAAGCGCGAGAAUUUUUGCGUGAGAAAUUCAUCAGGAAGAAUGUAAAAGUAGUUGUAGAUUAUACGCAGCCGGCUAGAGACAACUUUCCGGAAAAGUUGUGCUGCACGGUAACCUUCGGCAAAACAAAUAUCGCAGAAGCAUUGGUCGCUCGAGGUCUUGCACGAGUUAUCAAGUAUAGACAAAAUGACGAUCAGCGUUCCUCUCAUUAUAAUCUCCUGCAGGUCGCUGAAAGCAAAGCGGAAAAAUCACAACAUGGACUGCAUGCAAAAAAAGACAUUCCAGUUCACAGAAUAGUGGAUCUCUCAAAUGAUCCUUCGAAAGCGAAAGCAUUCUUGACUUCGCUCAAGCGAGCGCAAGGAAUUAGAGGAGUUGUUGAAUUCGUAACCAGCGGCUCACGUUUGAAACUCUAUCUUCCCAAGGAGGAUUACGUUAUUACAUUUGUAUUGGCUGGAAUAAGAACUCCGCGUUGUCAAAGAACACUGCCUGGUGGCGGAGUAGUAAAAGCUGACGAAUAUGGCGAGAAAGCACUGGCUUUCACCAAGGAACAUUGUUUCCAACGAGAUGUAGAGAUCAAGAUUGAGAAUACGGAAACAAAGUUAAGUGGUUUCAUUGGCUGGUUAACAGUGAAUGACGUCAAUAUGUCCGUCGCUCUGGUCGAAGAAGGUUUGGCUGAAGUUGUGAAUUUCCCAGACUCUGGAGAACUCACGAGGACUCUUAAAGCCGCGGAGGAACGUGCUAAAACAAAAAAACUCAAUAUUUGGAAGAAUCGCGUGGAAGCGCCAGUGGAAAACGACAAGAUCGUAGAUGAAAAGGAAGGACAAGAGCGCAAGAUCGAUUAUCAAAAGGUUGUGAUUUCCGAGGUUACUGAUGAUCUUCACUUUUAUGCUCAGUUUGUUGAUCAAGGUACCUUGUUGGAGAACAUGCUUCUGCAAUUGCGUCAAGAGUUAGCUGCUAAUCCGCCACUUCCUGGCGCUUACAAACCGACUAGGGGGGAUUUAGCGGUCGCGAAAUUCAGUGGUGAUGAUCAAUGGUAUCGCGUGAAAACAGAAAAGGUCUCUGGCACUAAUGUUAGCGUAUUCUAUAUUGAUUACGGUAACAGAGAGACUCUUAAUGUUACACGGGUCGCAGAUUUACCUGCACGCUUCGCGACUGAUAAACCGUAUGCCCACGAAUAUGCCCUCGCGUGCGUAACUCUUCCGAGUGAUACUGAUGACAAGAGAGCGGCUAUUGAUGCAUUUAAGGAAGAUGUAUUGGAUAAAAUUUUGUUAUUAAAUGUUGAAUAUAAGUUAAGCAACAAUGUAAUUGCCGUGACAUUAAUGCACUCGAACACAAAUGAAGACAUUGGAAAAGGACUUAUCUCUGAUGGAUUUUUGCACGUUCAAAAGCACCGAGAUAGGAGGCUCGUUAAAUUGAUUGAGGAAUACAAGAAGGCUGAGGAAGAUGCGAAGCACAAUCAUCGCAAUAUUUGGAUGUACGGAGAUGUAAGGCCGGAGGAUGACGACAAAGAGUUUGGGUUGUAAUUGAUAUAAGUGCUCAAAUAUGGGGAAAACAUUAUUGAUGGGGAAGAAAAGGACAGAUCAUGUUAUAAAAACAAAAAAAAACAAAAAAAAGAAAAAAACAGGUAUAUAAUAGGUAUAUGAUACUAUGUAUGCUGCAUAGGUAAAAAUAAGAAUAAUGAAUGUCGAUACGGGAAUUACAACAUGUUAGUCGCAAAUUGCAAUUAUAUAUCUCAAUAUAUAAAAAAGGAUUGUACAUAACAAUUUUAUUAAUUUCUGUAAUACAAUAAACAAGUGCGCAUGCAGAUAAUCUUUGAACGAAUCAUGCGAUCGUUGACGUCACAUUGUAUUCUCAUCGAUAUAAAGAUUCGUUAUUAACUGAUGCUGCAAAUAUAAAUUGUUUGAGGAUCCAAUUUUUUCCAUCCAUAUAAAAUUUUCAAUGUGCAAUUCAAUAUAUUAGAUACGUUCAAUCAUGUUAGAUAUAUUAAUUACUUGCUUUUCCUAUAAAACUAUAAAUAAUCAUAUUUAACUAAUGUGCGCGUGCUACUCUUUUGAAAUUUUUAUAUGCAAAGAUGAUGAUUUUAUAUAGCUGUAGAAUGUUUGUAAUCGCAAAUAUAAUUGAGCACUGAUAGGUUGACAAAAAUAGAAAAAAAUUCAUAUCAGCAGAAUAUCAGAAUAUCAGCAAAAUAUUUUCAAUUAAAACGACAUUCGAUAUAGGGUCAUCUGAGAAAUAACGGUUUCAACUUUCAAAUGACAUGAUGUGUAUGCGAGUGUGUGCACGCGCGCGCGCUCGUAGAUUCAAUAUAA